AUGAUAAAGGCGAUUUUCUACAGCAAGUUUGACACGCAGGAAGGCCCAAAGGUCGUCCACCAGGUUCCCGAUGGAGCAAUCGCUCUCUCCAACAAGGCGCCGUCGCAACCCCUCUUCCUCACCUUCUCCGAUAUAUCAUUCUUCGUGAUCCCUCGCCAGGAGCUAUGUGGCAACCUGAUUCAAGUGUGCACAAACGGAUAUCGGAUUCUGGGAUAUCCAAUAUGCAUGAAGUCCCCGCGAUAUGACCGGAAUGAGUUCAUCUUCAACUUCUGCUUGGUGCUGGCGGAGGAGGAAGACUUCAGCAGUUACAAGAGCGUUGUCCAGAAACUGGCGGAUUUGAUGCACGGCUUGGAGGAACAAAACGGGUUCCUGUCGCGAGAUCAUUCAAAGAGUGGUGAGGGGAAGGUAUACAGCUUGUGUGAGACGUUGAUGGAGGACUUGAACAACUAUUGCGAGUGCAUGAUUCCUAUCGAUGAAUUGAACACACUAAACAUCAAGCUCUUCCCCGUAUACCCCAAUCCGCCCCCCGUUCGUGCCUGGCAGGUGCCCUUAUUUACCGUCCGCUAUCAAGCCUUUCUCGACGAGAACUGGGAUCUGACUAUGCAGCGUAUUGUUCCACACAUCAAUGGAGUAAACAGUAUCCGCAUCAUUUCCCUCCUUGCCGAUACAGAUUUCUCUCUCACCUGCCGCGCGAUUCGACACCUCCUUUACUACGGCUGCCUUUUCCUUCUCGAUAUCUUCUCAUUUUCCGCGAUUUACGCGCCAACCGCGCUAUUCAGCUCUACAAUUGCCGCAGAUGAAAGCAUGCAGCAGGAAUGCGCCCGCUAUGUCAAUACUCUCUUUGCCUCCCCGAUGACUGUUCCCACCGCACCAGCCGCCAUCCCUCCCGGCCGCCAUGAGGAUGCCGUAUGGCCACCCAUAGGCGACACAACGGCCAGCCUCGGCACCGACAGCAUAGUGACCAGCACAAGCGAUAACAUCAGUCCUACCGCAACCCCCAGCCCAGCAAACACAGCCACACUCAUGUCUUCAGCUGGCAGCACUGCGGAAUUAACCAUAACGAAGCACUCUCCCAACAACCGAGACGUAGUUGACGGUGUUGGCAUCGUGGAAGCGUCAAGCAAUGGUACCUCCAGCACAGCCGCCAACUCGCUCACAUCGACAUCCGCCGCUUCAUCACGUUCGGCAUCAUCAAAGGGUUCUUGUACCGCGUUCACAAAUAUGCGAUAG